AUGGCCGCUGAUGACAAGGACAUUGUUUGCCCAAGUCCCAGGGCAAUGGCAUUCGCAAUAUCUGUCGUGCGCUCAAAGCCGCCUGAGCUUGCAGUAGCAGAAUACAUUCGACUUCUCCGACAGCACAUUGCUCAGGGUCGCAGAGAAAAUGCGCUUAGCUCGGUAUAUCGUCAUCUCGACAGGUCUGCCUUUUGGCGUUCCGAGUUCGAAAGAACGAAAGACGCCCUUCACGCUUCCGAAUCACAAGCUGUGGAUCUGCAGCUAGAGAUUGAGAAGCUGAAAACGAAAAUGGAGCAUUUGAAAAGCAACGCACCGAACAAGAAGAGAAAGAAACAAGACAUUGACACCAUUCCUGUCCCACGGUCGCCCAAAAGGCCAAAGCGGGAAAGCUCACCGCCGAGAGCGCUGUCCGCUGCUGUAGACUUCUCCUUUGAAGCUGAGUAUCAUGGUGCCGGCAAGAUCGCGUCCAAAGGUCACCACAAUCUUGAUGAGAAUGAGAUCGCCCAUCACUUGCUUCGAGCGACGUCCGCUCUACCACAGAUCAUACAGCGCGAGGUAGAGAGAAUCACGGCCGAGGGAAUGUCAGACAACAAUCUCUUGGGCAAUGCGUUGACUGUUUGCUCCCGAGCUGCUAGCGCUGUGAUCGUGGCAUACAGCAAGCUGAGUCCCUCUUCGGGCAUCGCAGGCAAGGCUACGCAUGCUGUCGUCUUGAUGUUCAAGGACUUUCUGCGAGACUUUGAACUCGUAUCAGUCGGCGAAACCAAGAACGCGCCUGAUUCAGAUCGAGAUGCCAGCGCUUCUCUCCCGACAAAGCCUAAGGGCAAGGCUAAGGCCGGUCAUUUCACAAACAUCAGGUCAACGCCCCGCCUCAGCCUGUACGCCAACUUUCUUGCCAGUACGAUUGACAGAUUGGACCCAAACAACGAGAUGCACAAAGCUUUAUACGAGGGCUUCGCUUAUUGUCUGCUAGAGAGACUGGGCGACCGCUUGUACACAACAGUCUUCGGGCAACGCAGGGCUCCGACACUCGAAGAUGAGAUCCUGAGAGGUGCCGCAGUGGACACUUCGAACGAGGGCGAAGCAGCGAAGCAUUCCAGCAGCACCAGCGAAUGUGAAGAGACGCAGAUGCGGUUGGAAGCACCCUAUCUCAUUCAUCUGCUUAACCGCCUGAUGCUGUCAGCCCCGGAAUUCCUUGGCUCUAGCAAAGGAAGAAAAAACAAUGCCAAGUCCGCGACGAAGAUGUCUCUGUCCCUGUCGGCAAGAGAGAGCCUGCAAAGAACCCUUGUGAAUUGCGUCUUUGGAGUGCGAGAGGAAGGCGACGAUGACUUGUUCAAAGAAUGCUUGAAAAUGCCGCAUGCUCGUAUGGACUCCAUACCGCUACCCAAGAUCAAAGAAGCCAAUGUGCAGGACUGGUUCAAAGACGAGCUUUGGCGGCUGUUGGGAUGGGAAAUACUUGCCAAGGAAGGAGAAUGGUGA